AUGACGGACUGGAGCAAACUCAAGGUCGUGGAACUCAAGGAGGAGUGCAAGGCGCGUGGAAUUCCUCUGACAGGCCUCAAAUUGAAGCAACAAUAUGUCGAUAAACUAGAAGAGCAUGAAGCAGAGAAUGCAGGCGGGGAUGGAUCUGAACAUGAAAUCAACGCUACUGAGUCGGCGAGCGCUGAAGAAGCAAUUGAGACACAACCGAAUGGCGAAGACGCGGAGCCUCACGACGAGGCCAUACCCCCGUUGAAUGAGACGGAGCAAGAGCCUCAGAAGGCAGAAGGGGUUGAGCACGAGAGGCCACAAGAAUUGCGAGAGGAAGAUAGCCACGCCGAAGACGUGCUUGAGGGUUCCGAGCAGAAGGCUGAGGCAGAACAGCAGCCUUCAGCUGAUCCUGCGAAUCAAAAGGGAUCCGACAGCGUUGACGAGCCGUUUGAUACAACCAAACAGGAAACAGUGAGAGACACUGAGCAGAGUGCGCAACCAGACGUGGAUCAAGAUGAGCCGGUUGAGAAAGAAUCAGCGCCUGUUCCUGGAGAUACCAGUCCUGGCCCAACGCCUACGCUACAACCAACCCCAAUGCCACCCAGUCAAGCUUCGUCUGAUUCUACCCUAUCAAACGACCAGGCAGACGAUGAAAGAAGACGGAGGAAAAGAAGUGCAACACCAGUCCCAUCUUCCGAAGAAGUCGCGCGUAAGAAGGCUCGCUUGAGUACAGGUGGAGAGAGCCUGACUAUCGAACAACUGUCUGCCCUGGACCAGAUGAAGUCAGCGACGGAGGCUGCAAAAGCGACUCGUGGAGAGACCACAAACGGAGCCAUUACUGAGGUUAUUGUUGACAAGUCGGAGGCUGAUGUGACUAUGACCACCGAGGCCCCAGGAGAGCUUCAGGAUAAUAGGCCUGAGAAGCCCAGAGACACAGAGAUACCGUCAGCCUCACCGCGCAGGUCCCAAAGCCCUUCAGAAGAACGGUACAUUGCUCCUGCCAUCCAUCCGGCAACAUCAGCUCUCUACAUCCGGAAUUUCAAGCGACCACUGCACAUCCCUUCGCUCCGCAGCCUCAUUGCAUCAGUGGCGAGAUCACAGUCGUCUUCUGAGGAUUCAGAUCCUAUCACCCUGUUCUACCUUGACAGCAUUCGCACCCAUGCCUUCGUCUCAUUCACCUCUGUCGCUGGAGCAUCCCGAGUCCGCUCCGCGAUGCACGAUGUCCGCUAUCCCAACGAAAGCAUGCGCGAGCCUCUUUUCGUCGACUACGUGCCCAACGACAAGGUUCAAUCGUGGAUCGACCAAGAAACAGGCGGUACGUUCGGAGGUCGAGGCGGGAGCGGCCGGCGAUUUGAGGUCAGAUACGAAGAACGCGAUGACGGAGUUGAAGCCAUCUUCCAAGAAGUCGACGGAAACAGACCUCAACUUCCAUUGCAGCCCAGCCGGAGCUCCCGUAUGUCAAUCGACAGACCCGGACCCGAAUCACUUCCUGCAGCAGUUCAUCCGGACCGGGCAGCAUUUGUUCCUAGGGAGAGUGACCGAGACCGAGAUCAAGAUCGAGACCGCAACCAAGUCCGUCAACCCCCCGCCGCGCCCAAGAAUGCCGAGUCGACCGGUAGAGGCUUCAAGGCACUGGAUGAGCUGUUCAAGUUCACGACCGCAAAGCCCAAACUGUACUACAAGCCCGUCCCCGAGUCCGUUGCGGCUGACAGGAUCGAGCUAUUCCGCAGUCUCCGUGUCGGAUAUGGUGAUAUGGGUCGCAGCGGCGACGAAGGCAUGAAAAGAUACACCUUUGAGCAGUAUAAAGGAAGGGAUGAAUGGGUUGGCAAAGGGCCCGAAUUUGGUUUCGGAAAGCGCGGGCAAGAUCGUCUGGCGGGUGUACGUGGAAGAGGCGGUUACAGAGGCAGGGGUGAUUCAUGGCGCGGAGGCGCCGCGAGAUAA